AUGGGAGUUGCAGACCGCAAGCUUUCUCCUACUCGCGUUGACGAGGGCUCGCCUCUUAUGGCUGCCACCCGCACUGGAAAUGGGCCUGGUGGGCGUCCUCUUGUCGGUGUUGAUGAGUCGUCGAAAAGUGCCUUGUAUAUGCUACUUUUGACAUUAUCUAUAGGCGGGCUUCAAAUUGUUUGGUCUGUUGAGCUUUCUCAUGGGUCGCCUUACCUCCUAUCCCUUGGGAUGAGCAAGGCGCUUCUUGCCUUUGUUUGGAUAGCCGGCCCGUUGACUGGUGCGCUGGUGCAACCAUAUAUCGGCAUUCGAAGUGAUAACUGCCGACUUUCAUGGGGUAAGAGGAAACCAUUCAUGGUCGUUGGAAGUGUGGCAACUGUCGUUGCAUUGCUAGCUCUGGCAUGGGUGAGAGAGAUUGUGGGCGGUUUUUUAUCUGUGUUUGGCGUUGACCCAGCAUCUGGCGGGGCCAAAAUCACCAUUAAUAUCGUGGCAACAAUUCUCAUGUAUUGCCUUGAUUUUGCUAUCAACACAGUGCAAGCUGCGAUCAGAGCAUUCAUUGUCGAUAACUGCCCCGCUCAUCAGCAGGAGCUGGCCAACGCUUGGGCUAGUCGGAUCGUAGGCGUUGGUAACAUCCUAGGGUAUAUCUUUGGCUAUAUGGACCUGCCAAAGAUUGUACCGUUCUUAGGGAACACACAGUUUAAGGUCUUGUGUGUACUCGCUUCAUUCUUCCUGGGCGUCACUAUUACUAUCAGCUGUGUCUACAUCAAAGAGCGGGACCCCCGAGCAGACGGGCCUGUGACUGACAAGCUUGGCAUGGUCUCGUUCUUCCGACAGAUCAUCAAGUCGAUUCAAAGCUUGCCAAACCAAAUCGCCCGGGUAUGCCAGGUGCAAGUGGCAGCGUGGGUGGGUUGGUUUCCAUUCCUGUUCUACUCUACCACGUAUGUUGGGCAGCUAUACGUCAAUCCGAUAUUUGCAAACAACCCCAAUCUCUCGGAGGGUGAUAUAGACCAGGCUUGGGAAUAUGCCACUCGAGUCGGGUCUUUCGCUCUUCUUGUCUACGCUAUCAUCUCUUUCCUUGCAAAUACGUUGCUUCCUCUAUUCGUGGUUCCAUCCGGUGGACCCGCCCUAGAGACUGCUUCACCUCAAGAGUCUCUAGACGAGGCUGUAGAUGAUGAAGAGACCCAUACAAGGAGAUUGUCCGUCUCAAGUAUGCCGACGGGAAAUGCAUCCGAGCCUCUGCUUGAUGCAGCUCCAGUCAGACAGCAGACCGGGGGCAAACUGACCUGGCUUUCAUGUCUGCAGAUCCCAGGAUUGACUCUUCCGCGAGUUUGGCUCCUAUCUCAUCUUCUCUUCGCUGUUUGCAUGUUCAGCACUUUCUUCAUCUCCUCUCAUCAAGCUGGGUCGGUUUUCGUUGGGUUUGUCGGUAUCUCUUGGGCUGUCGCCCUGUGGGCACCCUUCGCUCUCAUCUCGGCGGAGGUGGCUAGGAUUGAUCCGUCCAGACGAAGCAGGCACCAUGAAACUCGAGUCUCCGGUGAAUAUCUAGCGCCUGAGGACCACGAUGAGGAACUUAGUGAGCAUGGCGGUGUUCACGGUAGUGACGUUGAGCAUGGCCACUUGAAGAACUAUCGCGAGGGUGGAGACGUUGCACAGGCUGGGAUUAUUCUCGGACUCCAUAAUAUGGCAGUCUCCCUCCCCCAAAUUCUGUCUAGCCUUGUUUGCAGUGCUAUAUUCAAGGCAUCUCAGAAGCCAAGAGGAGAGCCGUGGGAUGAUAGUGUGGGCUGGGUGCUACGAUUCGGUGGGUGUGCUGCGCUGGUGGCUGCAUGGUUGACCAGACGGGUCUCCGAUGGAUCAAGAUAG